GCCGCUGCACUCGUGGACGCGGUGGCGUUUCUGAAGGUGCAAAUGGCGGCGUGUCGGGCGAAGGCUGAGGCGGCACAGAGUUCGGUGGCGGCACUGCUGAAGCAGCCUGGGAUGAACCCGAUGGUGGCGAGCACGCUGCAGGUGUGCGACGACAGCUACAGCGACGCGUUCGACAACCUGGACGCGACUGACAAGGCGGUGGAGGCGCGCGACAAAGGCACCAUCAACAGCAUGCUCUCCGCCCUCGUCGACGACUUCUCCACCUGCGAGGAUGGCUUCACCGAGAUGCAAGCCGCCUCGCCCCUCGCCGCCUUCGACGGCGCGCUCUCAAAGCUCGCCAGCAAUUGCCUUGCCAUCGCCGAUUUGAUCUGAACAAAUUAGUUAAUUUGUUCCCCGCUGUAUUAUUUUGUUCAUUCAAUUGCCCAUAUUGUUUCAUCGUGAUGGGAAAACAACUGA